GCCUAGCCCAGCGAGCACAAAGCUUCUAAACUGACCAUGCGAGAGACGAGUGUGUGAUUUGUGAAUCUGCAUAUAAAGCACUGGUUUUGCUGCAUUUAAUAGCAGGUCAAGCUUUUUGGACGCACUUUUGAAGGACUAACGUUACUUAAUAUCUGGUUGAUUUAGCGACUUUUAGACGCGUAUCUUCAUUUCGUUGCGACUUGGAAGUUUAUAAGACAACACGAUGGUGGCGAUGACAAAACGAGUCAAGGUCUUCGAGAUCGUCUUCAACGAUCCGUCCAAGACCUUUUACUGCAGUGGAGAUAAAGUGGCCGGGAAGAUCUUGGUGGAGGUGCUGGAGGUGACCAGAGUCAUGUCUAUGAAGGUCCUGGGAGUCGGAUGCGCUAAAGUGGAGUACGCCAAAGGCAAACAGAAAUGCCGUGAAGAGAUUGACUAUCUGAAGUAUGAAGACCUUGUGCACCUGGAUGACCAUCCAGCAGAUACAGAUGGUUCGGUCAUCCUCCGUCCUGGCAACAAGUAUGAAUAUUCCUUUGGCUUUGAGCUUCCUCAACAAGGACAGCUGGUGUCUUCCUACAAGGGCAAGUUUGGGUUCGUUCAAUACUUCGUGAAGGCUAUGAUGGAAAGCCCCGCUCAGCCCACCCUGGAGUGCAGGAAGCACUUUGAGGUUGAGGAGCCCUUGGAUGUCAAUACUCCAGACUUGCUGUCGCCUACCGGAGGCAUGAAGGAGAAGAAAGUCACCUGCAUGUUCAUCCCAGACGGCCAGGUCUCUCUGAAUGCCAAAAUCGACAGGCGUGGCUUCUGCGAGGGUGAAGAGAUCUGCAUCGAUGCUAAAUUUGAGAACACCUGCUCUCGCAUCGUGGUACCCAAAGCGGCCAUCAUCGCCAAGCACACCUACCAGGCCAACGGCCGCACCAAGGUCUUCAGGCAAAAACUCUCCUCAGUACGAGGCAACCACAUCAUCUCCGGCAUGUGUGACGCCUGGCAGGGCAAGAGCAUCCGUGUGCCCAAGAUCAAGCCCUCCAUAUUGGGUUGCAACAUCAUCCGAGUGGAAUAUGCGCUGAUGAUUUACAUGCACAUCCCUGGCAGUGAUAAGUUGGUUCUGGAGCUGCCCUUGGUCAUUGGGACGGUUCCCUACAAUGGUUUUGGUAGCCGCACCAACAGCAUGAGCAGCCAGGAUGGUUCCGUCAGCAAUGCAUCGAAUAGCUGGGUGUCCCUGCGGAUGCCGUCGUCCGUGCCACCAAGCUACUGCGACCUUACACACAACUGCAGCCUGGACCAACCUCUGACACCUCUGUUGGAUGACUAUGAUGGCGGAGACAGCCCCAUCUUCAUGAACGCACCCCAAUUCCAGUUCCCUCCACUCCCUACUUAUUCUGAGGUGGAGGAGGAAUACAACGGCAACGCCCGCAUGCUUCCUGUCUGCUGAACCAAGCUGGCAGAGCACCAGAACUGAACUGUUGCCCAUCAUAAAUGGGCUUCUUUUCCACUCUAAGCACAUCAGGGUUUCCCCAUGCGGAUCAGAGCUGGUUUGAGAAGUGUCGUAUGGAUGUGUGAAAGUGACGAUGAAGCGGAGGAUUUUGGGGCCCGAGUGGCCCCUCUGCAGGAUGAGCUAGUCGAAGUUCAGAGGAAGAAGAAGUGAAGUCUGAGCUCUCUUGUGCCUGCAUUGCUGACAGCCAUCUUAUAUCAUGCAUCAGUCAAGUUAAACAUGUUUCUGUCAUAUUAUUGAUGCUGUUUCGGGGCCUGAAAGAGGGUGCUCGGGCUGUUUGGCGUGCUGUAUUUCAUUGUAUUCGAGCUGCUCUUUCUUGAGAUUACUGCUGAUUAACUUUCCCAAAUGGUGGUCAUGUACUUUCCAGUAAUCCCUAGUAUAAUAUUCAUUAGCAUUUAGCUCAUCAUUUUCAUUAUCAUUCUGUAAUGUUUUUUUUUUUCUUCUGUGGGGAUGGAAGAUUUCAUUUAUAGAAACAUUCAAUACAUUUGUUUGAUUUUAUGUUGGUUAAUGUGCUGCCCAGAGAUAUAUUAUUCUAAGUUACUGAAAUAUAAAGAAGAAAUGUAGUAUAUUGAGUUUUUCAACAUUGAAAAAUCAUGCAGUUUCAGUGUAUAUAAUGUACCAGUGUUUUGUUUUUCAUUUGAAUGCACUUUUUAUGGAGGCAAGUUGCUGUAGAACUACUUGCAGGGAGAUUUCCUGUUUUCAUUUUGUUUUUCUCUUGUCUUCCAAAAUUGUUCAUUGAGGGAUCAAGCAUUGCAUGCACUUAAGACCCUGUACUGUUAUGCGUUCAAAACCUCGUCCUAACAAAGGGCUCCACUGAUGAUGCUUCUUCCACUGUGGACUUGAACAUUAGGCCAAAAAAGAACUUAAUACUUCAAGUGCCAAAAUCGGGGUUUAUUUGGACCCCGUUCAUUUGCGAGACCAAAGCUGCACUGUGUGUGGACAUAUCCUGAAGACAUUUUGAUGAACAUUUCACUCGUGGAGCUCUUCCUGAACAUUGUGUGUGUUUUGUUUUGUUUCUUAUUGAAUGUAAAAUGACUGUUAUUAUAAACAGUGCAAAUUUGCAAUGUGCAAAGUAUCAUUUUUGUAUCUAAAUUAAAGUGUUUUUUUAAUGAGAAUUCAUUUUCAAUAAAAACUUAAUAUUAUCA